AUGAAGCUAAAUGGAAACGAGGGAAGACCUUUCUCUAUUCUGUUCAGAGGUUGCAGUUUCUUGGCACCAUAUGAAGCUGGAGUGUCAGCUGCUUUGCAGGAAUUGUCACCUGAAAUACUGAAAUCUGCAUCCAGGAUCUAUGGGGCAUCUUCAGGAUCUGUUAUAGCUACACUUACAUUGUGUGAGUCUGGUAUAGGAAAAAUCUUUCAAGACACAAAGGAUUUAUUAAACAAGCAUCUGCCUACAAACGCCCACGAGCUGGUAUCUGGAAAGCUGCACGUUAUCCUCACCCGUGUGCGCGACUGGAGAAACGUGGUGGUUUCGGAGUUUGCCUCGAGGGAGGAGCUCAUUCAGGCCCUGUUGUGCAGCUGCUUUGUCCCUCUCUGUUUUGGAUUUUUACCUCCUACGUACCGUGGGGUGUGGUACAUUGAUGGGGAACUCGCCAUGUGGCGGGCCAACUUUGUGUCCCGGACCACAAUCACCAUAUCUCCUUUCGCCGGCGAAUACGACAUCUGUCCCAGAGAUGGCUCAGCUGCCUUCUUCACUUUACAACUCUCUGAUUGUUCUGGACCAGUUUUAUACCUGUGGCUACCAGGACACAGUCGCCUUCUUAAAAAGGCUGACUGCAAAUUCAGAGGGGUCCAAGUGUGCGCCUACCUCCACUGUCAGGAGAAGCAGGCCUCCAAGGAUGUAUGA